AUGGCUGUUGCUGCUUAUGCAUCCUUGGUUUCUCUCACUCAUGUCCUCGACAAUCUCCACUACCGUGCCCGAUUUAAUAUCCCUCGUGCUGACAUCAACCAAGUCGAAGCUCUCCAGAAAAAUGUCAAUUCCUUGCUGGAAUUUGUUGAGCUUCAUUCCCAAAGGAAGAUCCCUGAGCUUCGAGGUUUGUGGAGGAAAAUGGCUGAGGCUGCCGCUGAAGCAGAAAGUGACAUCAACUUCCAUGUAGCCAAUCUACUCUAUGCCAAAUCUCAAGGAGAAACGAGUGAUACUUCAAGCUUCUCAGCUUUCUGUGAUGAAAUGGAGACACUGAUCCAAAAGUUUUGUUCCAUUGAAAAAGAGUUUCCGGUGAUUGAAGAAGACGGGGAAGAUGCUCCAGCUCAAAAGCAAUCCAAUUAUGCUUCUGUUGCUGCUGGUGGUUCGCCUGCAGCUACAUCAUAUGUCAGCAGUGUUGUGGUUGGACUGGAUGAGCAUGUGAACACGAUCAGGGACAAGCUCGUCAGAGGUAGAUCUAAGCUCGAAAUCCUCCCAAUUGUCGGCAUGGGAGGUAUUGGUAAGACCACUCUCGCUAAAAGUCUCUAUGAUGAUUCAUUUGUUGUCGACCACUUUGAUUUGCGCAUCUGGCUUACUAUAUCUCAAGAAUAUAGCGCUGAACAAAUCCUUAAAGUUGGUCUUGAAGGAAAUGCAGGAGAAAACGAACAUUUAAAUGAGUUGGGAACUAGAUUUUACCAAAAAUUAUUCGGUAGAAGGUACUUGAUUGUUAUGGAUGACAUGUGGUCAACUGGACCUUGGGAUGAGUUACGGAGGUAUUUUCCAGAUAAUGAGGACGGAAGCCGUAUUUUGUUGACGACUAGACUCUCAAACAUGGCUGCUUCUUUGUGUUCUCAUGAUCCUUAUCGAUUAACAUUUUUAGAUGAGAAUGAAAGUUGGAGUUUAUUAUGUCAAAAUGCAUUUUCUCCAAAUGGUUGUCCGGGUCAUUUAGAGAAGCUUGCACAGAAAAUUGCAAAAUGUUGCAGAGGGCUUCCUUUAGAAAUUGUUGUUGUGGGCCGGUUGCUUGCCAAUUCUGACAUGACGGUGAAACAUUUGGAGAAUGUUGCAAAUCAUAUUAGCUCACUCGCUAAUUUGGAAGAUAAAGAGCAUUGUAAAAAAAUACUAUCUUUAAGUUACGAGAGUUUAUCCAUUCAUCUCAAACCAUGUUUUUUGUAUUUGAGAGUUUUUCCUGAAGAUAGUAAAAUUGAAGUCUCAGAGCUAAUUGAGUCUUGGAUAUCUGAAGGAUUCAUUAAAUCAACGAGUAAUAGAAGUUUAGAAGCUAUUGCAAAGGAGUAUGUAAAAAGCCUCAUUGAUAGGAAUCUAAUAUUUGAUCGGGAUGAAAAUGGAUGCGGCAUUCACGAUCUUUUACGGGAUCUUUGUUUAAGAGAGUCUGCCGAUGAAUGUUUUCUCCAAUUUCCUAGAAGGCAAACUGUUGGGAGAAUGUUGUCGACAAAAGUAAUUAGGUAUUGUCAUAUUUGUCAAGGAGGAGUUGAGGACAAAGAAGGAAUGAAUAUUGUGAAACCAUAUUCUGUAGUUGGAUUAUCAUCACAAGUUAAUCCGCUUGUAUGCGAUGCUUGUAAUAGAAUGUACUCUCAAAUUAAAAGACAUAAUAAUUUGGUGAAGAUGGCAAACUACGAUGAUGGUUUUGAUAUAGAAAGUUUUCAGCCAAUAGAAUUGCGUUGUGUUGAUGUAAAUAAGGUGAAAUCAUUGUCUUCUUCAACAUUAAAGUUACUUUGGAAUCUUCAAACUUUCAUCAUUUCGUACUCAUCAAUUAAGGAUUUACCUCUAGAGAUAUGGGAGAUGCCACAACUAAGAGAGAUUCGAUGUUCAUACGAUGCUCAUUUCCCAGAUCCUAUAGCCACUGAUAUUGAGGGGGAAGAUUUUAUUAUCCUCAAGGACCUUCACACCUUAAAUGGAAUCGGUAAUUUCAAUUGUACAAAGGAAGUCAUUGAUCGGAUCCCAAAUUUGAAGAAAUUGAGGAUAAGUUAUGGAAAUGGAUCUGAGAGGGGCGUGAUACAGCUGAACUAUUAUUCUCUAUGUAAUCUUGAGCAGCUACAGAAACUUGAAUCUCUAUCUAUAUCAGGUUGCUUGGAGAAGAUGACCUUCCCUAAUUCCCUCAAGGAAUUGCGUUUGAUCAAUUGCAUGGGAAUAGCAUGGGAAGAUAUGUCAAUUGUUGGUUUGCUGCCGAGUCUUGAAACACUUGAGAUAUCUGAUGGUGGCGUGCAUGGGUCAGAGUGGGAGCCUGUUCAAGGGGGAUUUCGUCGCCUCAAAGUGUUGGACAUUGGCAAUAAUAAUUUAGUGUGUUGGAGAGCUGAAUCGAUGCACUUCCCUAUUCUUGAGAGUCUUCGACUUACUGAAUUAGAUUUAUUGGAGGAGAUCCCUUGGGGAAUUGGAGAUAUACUAACAUUGAAAUCAAUUGAUGUGGAGAAUUGCAGUGAGUCUGUCGUUGAUUCGGCAAAGGAAAUAUGGGUGGAGCAACACGAGCUUGGAAAUGAGAUUAGAAUUGAUAUUACUGAUGAAGAACAUGGGGUCGAAUACCAAAUUGGUACUUUCACUGCAAGAAUGACCGGGGCAGCUUGUCAAUCCUUGGCUUAUUUGAAACAUCUUUGUGAAAGACUCCAAGAGGUUGCUCGACGAGGCUGCCACUCUUUAAACGGAAGACAAAUGGAAGCUAUGGAGGAAGCCAUCCAUUUUUUCAAGGACUUCUUUGAAGUUUUUCUUCCAAGAAAAGGCCAAGAAAUGGAAAGUUUGGCAAGAGAAAUUGCCCAGGCUACCCAUAAAGCGAAUACUGUGAUCCGCAGGCUGCACUCCGAAACUGUGAUGCCCAUACUUGGUAAGUGCGUCCGUGAUGAUGUGGAAAGGCUGUUGGAAAAGAUAGACUUCAUAAGAAAGGCAUUGUCGGUUGCUGAAGAGGAAGGGCAAGAAAACGAAAAAAUUAAUGGUGAUAAUGAUGCCACAUCCUAUGAUAUCAACUCACUGCAACUUCUGUGGAAAGGAACACUUCCUUACAGGGAUGAAGAUCUGAGAGAAUAUCAAAUUGGUUCUGUCACGGCAACAAUGACGGAGGCUGCUAGUUUAAUCUGGUCGGACUUAGCAUGCAUCCUGGAGGUCCUCCGAAAAGCUUCUGAGCUCGGCCGUCAUCAUCUAAACAAAAAGCUAAUGGAAAAUGUCGACAAAUCCAUCAGUUUCCUGCAAGAUGUUGUUGAAGUUCAUCCUCAAAUUAUACUCCACGCCAAAGCUAGAUAUUUAGCGAACGCGAUGAUUCUUAUCAAAGUAGCAGAGCAUCUGGAUUCAAAGUAUCUUGGGCGACAAUCUCUGGAAGAUGCAACUGAUGAAGAAAUCUUAUUCUUCUCUGAGGAUGUGCAAAACGUUUUGAAUAUAUUAAAAUACCACGUAAUAUGGUUACCAGCCUCGAAAUUAAAGACUCACUCAUAA